UAAGGUAUAGAAAUCCGAUGCAACAGUUGCAAUUCUAUACAUACAAGUAGCUUGUAAAUAUUAUGCUAAUUCAUGUUAAUGUAGACUAGACGCCAAGUGUCAUAUUAAAAAUUACAUGCCUCUGGUGUUGAAACACAUAUUCGUAUAUUUAUUCAAAACUGUCUAUUCGAGCGAAGAAGUCGGCUUCAUCGAGAACAACAAUAAAAAUCAACGACAAAACCAUGUUGGGCGAAAUGUUUGACUUUCUGGCAAGGCCCAGUGAAAUCAAAGAAGCGUACGACUAUUUGCCAUUUCAUGGUGCCUUAUGGCCGAUUAUUAUUGUGAAUGUAUUUUUUGUCUUCUUCGCUUUUCGAUUGGGACCAUGGUUGAUGCGAAAUCGCGAGCCAUUUAAUCUCAAACGCGUUAUUAUGAUUUAUAAUGUCGUUCAAAUAUUUUUCAAUGCCAUUAUGGUUUGGUUGAGCGUAUAUUUAAUAUCGAUUUAUUUGACUGAAUCGGGUGGCCUGGGUUGUAUUCAGCAGCUGAGAAGUGAUCACCCGAGUAGAGGUUUCGAAAUAUUUUGUGGAUUUUUAUAUCUUUUCAACAAAUUUCUGGACUAUCUGGAGACAUUAUUUUUCAUAAUGCGCAAAAGUUACAAACAAGUUACCGUCUUACAUGUCUAUCAUCAUAUAAUGAUGACAACUUUCGUAUUCCUAUAUAUACGCAUUGAAGGUUCAGGCGGUCAUACGUCCACCGUACCGAUGCUUAACACUUUGGUGCAUGUAAUUAUGUAUGUGUAUUAUCUGAUGAGUUCGAUAGAUCCGGCUUGGAAGAAAUCUUUGUGGUGGAAAAAAUAUAUUACACAAAUGCAAAUCGUACAAUUCUUUAUUGAUUUCAUCCAUCAACUCUGGCCGUUGGUGGUGGUGCGCGAUUGCCCGAUACCGAAAAUUUGGAGUUACAUCGUUUUGGUGCAAGCCACAGUUAUGAUUUAUAUGUUUGGCAACUUUUACAUUAAUAGUUACAUAAGAAAACCAAAACCAAAGAAGGUGGAAGAGAAGAAAUUGUAACUUUCAAUUGACCAUCUGUAUAAGCGAAAAGCCCACGGGUUAUCAAUUAGAAUUUUUACACCUUGUAAUUAUUUAUUGGCAGUCUUUUGGGAUUUGAAAAUUAUUAUUAUGGAAAUUAUGGAAAUAAAAGACUAUUUUCUUUUUUUU